AUGUCUCGGUGGGUCUUCAUUAUGGGUAUGAUCCUGCUUGUGGUCAUCAUCGGCGCCAUCUGCCUCGGCGUGUACGUCGCGCACAAAAGCACCUCGCCCUCCACACCGACUGCGAUCGGCGGCAGUGCAGAUGAGACCGGUCACAUCGCAACCACCGCUGCAGCUGUAGCCGGUGUUCAUGGAUCAAGCUCGACAUCUUUACAUGUCACUCCCACUAACACCGUCGCUCGCCGCGAUUCUCUAGUCCCUCCCGUCCCCACAUCGCUCGCGUUCCCAGUACCGUAUUCUCGCCCGCCGAGUUCGGGGGGCACGCGCAUCUGCUGCGCGCCUUCCCGCCUUCUUGGCAUCGCAGACGCAGCUAUCUCAAUCGCACGGUGGGCUGACACGCGUGAUCGCGUCUCUCCCACCGUGGGUUUCUGCGUCGUCCGUGGGACUGGUGUCUUCGACCCGCCUACAGUUUCCGACAUAGUACCAUUGGUGUGUUUCAUCGCACAUUCAAUUGCUGGAAGUGUUUGA